GGAUGUAAACAAAGUUACAAUCUGGUGGCACAAGAAAAAUGUCCACACUGGAUGUAAAUUCAGAACCAAAACCUUUACUUUACGACUCGAAAGUGUGUCGUUUGUGUGGGGAAAAGAACGAAAAUGGACGUCCACUGUUUCGGGAAAGUGACGCGAACGGUGAAUGCGCAGUCAGCAGGCUGAUUAAUCAGUAUUUGCCGGUAAAGGUGCACAAUGAUGGUGUUUUACCGCGCUGGAUAUGCCCGGGGUGUCACAUUCAGCUCGAAUCAACGGCACAAUUCUUCGAGAUGAUUCAGAAGGGUCAACAGCAGAUAGAGCUGAUGAAGGAAAGGCAGCAGUCCAUGGCCGGUAAAGGUGCCAGCGUACGUAUGGAUGAUGUCGGUCAGCUGUGCGAUAUUAUGGAUCCGGAGAAGUGGAACGAGCUGUUUGAGAAACCAGGAAUGAUUAGUGCCGAUAAGGAGAGCUUACUCGUGCCGCUAGAACUAUUCGAAUUGGAAGAUUUGUUCAAACCGAUCGAGACUCCACCAAAACCACCGCCAACAGAAGUCCCUCAAAAGGAGGUGGAAAGUGAGAAAGUACCUGAAACGCAACCAGAAACCGCUAAUGAACGGGAGAAAAGCGGGGGCAAAGAUUGGAUCGUAGAGACGGAAGUAACGGCCACAAACCGUGGCCGUGUGAUUGGAUUUGUUCAUCACAAUCACACCAAAACGGACAUCGGCAACCUUGUGCUGGUGGAAGACGCUGCUGGGAAGAAAAAAAUCAGUGCAAAGUUCGUGUGUGACAUUUGCAGCGAAAGUUUUGCCCGAGAGCCACGCUACUUGAAGCAUCGGAAAACUCACAGCAUCUUGUUCGAGUGUUCCGUGUGUUUGCUAAAGUUCGGUUCGAACGGUAAGCUUCUGGUGCAUCAGCAGCAAACCCUGCACAUUGGAAAUGGUAUGGUGGAAGGGUUGCAACUACCGGAGGACAGUAGCUCGAGGCGAGCUCGAGGCGAAAGCUCACGGGAUUCUGGAUGGACGAAGAAUGGAAACGUAAGCCAAAGCGAAACACAGAAGGAAGACAAUGUAUACGCGUGUGAUAGCUGUGAUAACACCUUUGCCGGGUUGAACACGGUUCUGGAGCACGAGGAAUCGGUACACGCACAAGAUAACCGUUCGUUCGUGUGCAUCGAAUGUGGAAAAGCGUUCCGGGAGAAGAAUCUUCUGCACCGGCAUCGUCAAACGCACGUGCAGGAUCGUGCCCACCGGUGUACGGUGUGUGAAGCGGCCUUCAAAACCCGUUCAACCCUUACCAAGCAUGCCCGUUCGCACGAGAACACCAAGCGCUACCAGUGUACGAUCUGCGAGCAGCAGUUCACUUACAAGUCCGGUUUCGAUAAGCACCUGGACUGGCAUAAUGGCGUCAAACGGUUCGAGUGUGAACACUGCUCGAAACGGUUUUCCCAGCGGGGAAAUCUGAAGGAACACCAGCGAAUCCAUUCCGGCGAUAAACCCUUCCAGUGUGGCGUUUGCGAAGCACGGUUCGGGACCAGUUCGCAGCAUCGGGCACACGUAAAACGGCACGAAAAUGUCCGCCCGUACGAAUGCGACAUGUGCGCGAAAACGUUCGUUUUGCGCGAAAACUACAACACCCAUCUACGCCGGCAUCGGAACGAGAAACCGUUCGCUUGCGGUGAUUGUCCGCGCUCGUUCGUUGAACGGUGGGCACUGACGAAACACGUGCGGACGCACACGCAGGAGAAACCGUACAGUUGCAAACAUUGCGGCAAAUCAUUUUCCGAUCCAUCGAAUCUUUCACGGCACGUGAGCUCGGUGCACGAGAAGAAGCUCAAGGAUGGUUUAGAAUCGGUAGAAAAGGAAUCUGUUAGCGGUACAAACGCUGCGGACGAUGCGGAUCGGACGCUUUAUGAUAUAACCAGUGGCGAAGGUACGAACGGCAUCGAUACGCUCGGCGAGGAAGGAAUGCUUACGCUUGAUGGAGCAAUCUACAUGGAACAGCAAUAGAUUAGAUCAUCGGAGCGAAGGGAGAAAAGGUAGGAUCUAUAUUAGCUAGUAAAAUGUCGAAGAUAAAUUAAAAUUAUGUAUAUUCGAAUUCCCAAAAACCAUACGAAAAAAAUUCCAUUUAAAAAAAACAAACUUUGUUUUAAUAAUAUAAAACAGUGGAUUGAGAAAUAGUUAAAUACCAUUUUUUCCCCCAAGGGAUUUAGUAUGU